GGAACCCGGAUAUGAAAAAAUCAGACCAUUUCGCGCCAUCUCUCGACCGUAAAUGCACUACUUAUGGACAUUUGUUAUUAGGAAUCCAUAGUAUGGUCACAGAAAAUGGCGAAGAAAACUGCUGGAAGAUGGGAGAAGAAAGAACUGCCCGAAAGCAAACGUAGUGACGACCUAGAUGAUCUUUUGGUUUUUGGAUAUGCCUGCAAGCUUUUCAGAGAUGAUGAAAGAGCCCGCUAUAUCGACAGAGGAAAACAUCUGAUCCCAUGGAUGGGCGACGAAUCACUGAUGAUUGACAGGUAUGAUGGCAGAGGUCACGUGUAUGACCUGAAUCAGUAUGAGGCCGAUACUGCCAGCAGACACUAUCAGGCAUCCGAGGAAGAGGAGCGGAUUGAAAGACUGUGUGACGAGGAGAGAUAUAUGGCAAUGUACAAGGACUUACUUGAGGAGAAAACAUAUCAAGAGGAGGAGAUGAAGAGGCUUCAUGAAGCAUUGCAGCCAGAUGGAGUUUAUCACAGCAUCGGAUUCUCAUAUGACAACAAAAACGAGUCUGAUCAAUAUGACCCGAUGCAACCUACCGAGGAGAAAGAAGAGCAGCCAGAGAGAGAGGAAGGGGAGGAUGAGGAGCCCUUUAUUGCUCCAAAGGAACUUGGACUGACACCGAACAUUGAAACGCCGAUGACGAUGAAGAUGAACAGCAUCAUGGAGAAGACCGCGGCGUUCGUCGCGCAGCGCGGCGCGCAGAUGGAGAUCGUCAUCAAGACGAAGCAGGCGAACAACUCUCAGUUCAACUUCAUGCACUUUGACCACUACCUGCACCCGUACUACGACCACAUGAAGCGCUGCAUCCGCGAGGGACGCUACAAGCCCGAGGAGCGCGCGGCACGCGGCACGGCCGACGCCUCGUCGUCCGAAGAUGAUGAGGAUGGAGAGGAUGUUGGCUACUUACACCCUAGCCUGUUUGCGAAGAAGCAAGCAACACGUGUCAAGAAUCUACACCUGGAACAACUUCGGAAGCUACAGGCAGCAGGCAAGCUGGACAGUCCGUACGCGCAGCUCGUAACGCGCAUGAAGCAAACACAGGAGGAAUACAAGAUCGAUGCCCCGUUGGACAGCAAUAACCCGUCGUCCCCAGACAGCACUUCGGGUCUCGACCAGCAGGGGGCGCCGAGCCCUCCCGAAGCCGCGCCUGCCUCCGCGACGCAGCUCUCUGCGACGAGUAGUCUCGCGUAUCCUGCCGAGACUGACUCGCAUCCUGCGCCGCCGGGCGUGGACUCGGCUGAGACGAUGCCUCCGUACUUGCCGGACGUUAAUCCCGUUCCGGAGGUGAACAGUUGCAGUGCGCCCGACCAGCAUAGCACGAGUUCGCAGUCUCAGCACACGUCGGUUCCUCCGCCGCCUCCGGACAAGCAGCCCAUCAUCAUCAAGAUGGCGGAGUACGCUGUGCGCAACGGGCCACGGUUCGAAGAGGGAUUUCUCGCGAAGAAGGACGAGCGGUUCGAAUUUCUGAAGCCGGGACACCAGCACUAUGCGUACUACGUGCAGACGAAGGGCUUGUUUGAAGCCCAGUUUGCGCAGCAGGCCAGCGUGGAGCAGAACGGAGGUCCGACCUCGAUAUCAAGUGGGAAGGGUAAACCGGUGGCGAUCAGCUUUUCCAUAAAGCCGAAGGAUGUCGACGCGAAACGCGCGGCAUUGGACAAACCUCCCGCAUUGCUCGGUGAGGAGAGUGAAGAGAGUGCCACGGAGGAGGAGACGCUGGGUUUAGUAGAGGAACCUGCUAAGCCUCCCAGCAAAUCUCCAUCGAUGACAGCACUGUGUGUAGAAGACACAAACUCGCCUCCGAUGCUUUUGGUUGUCUGUCCUGUAGCCAGUGUAUCCGCACCUGACAUAACAGAUGCUGACAGUCAAAGCAAAGUUUUAGAAAAGGCAAAAAAGUCUUUGGAUGAGUUGGAGGCCAAACAGGCUGAAGAAAGACUGAGAGACAGACUAGCUAUAGCAGCAAGGGAAAGGUUAGCACAAGCAUCCAAGGAGAAACAGCUUCAGAUAGAGAGAAAGAAAAAAGCUGCCAUGUUUCUCAGCCUGCUAAAAGGCGAGCCAGGAAAACCAGGGGAGGCUGAGAGUGACAGCAAGUUAGACUCGCUGCCACCCAGCUCUGUUGAGGCGUCGCCCAUGGCAACCCCAGAGAGGGUCGUGGAGGAGGUGGAGAUUGAAGAGGAGAGGCCUAGACCACUCUUGCCACAGCCUGCUGGACUAGCCGCCAUACGAGCAAGGUCACCAUCUCGAUCUGGGUCAAGAAGUUCAAGGGCACGAAAUAAAAAGUCUCUACCUAGUGCUUACUCGGCCGUACGGCGGUCCCUAACUCCACCAGUGCCAAAGAAACACGAGCGAAAACGAUCGAGGUCACGGUCAAAAGGUCGGCACAAGCGGCGUUCAAGGUCAAGAGAAAGAAAGAGGUUACACAGAGCAAAGUCACCAGAGAGAAAAAAGAAAUCAAGACGAUCAAAGUCACGUACGCCAGAAAGGAGUAACAAGUUGAGGAAGAAAAAGAAGAGGUCUCGGUCACGAUCGUCGUCAUUGACACGAUUGGUGAAUAAAAAGAAAUCAAAGAAGAAGCCUAGUCCAUCAAACAGCAGCUUGAAGCACAAACCAAUUGCAAGUGGUAGCAGCUCCGUCUGAGGGGGAGGAUAGCAAAGUUCAUGCGUUGAAUGUACACUGUUUGUAAAUAUUAUUUCUCAAAUGUUACAUUCGUGUUUAUGAUUAAACAAAUGAACAGACUAAAAUUAAGUGGUCAUUGCAAAUCGUUGAAUAUCGUAUAAAUUUA